AUGUCGACCCCAACGAAUCCCUCCAAUGCUCGGACCCCAACCGGACCAAAUGGCGCACCGCUGCGAAUGCGUCGCCCCAAAGCCGCUGAUCCCCUUGUUCGACCCAAAAGACGGCCUCUCCCCAAAGCAGCCACCUCGGCGGUGGGUGGCUACAGGACAGCUACGAAAACACUUCCCACGCGCCCAUCAGAGUCUGCGGCGUCCGUGUUCCAGUCAGAGCGGCCCAUGAUCGAGCUUUCAAACAAUGAGAUGUCAGCAAACGGAUUCAGCGGACCUCUGCUCAGCAACACAUACCGCGACUACCCCGUCGUGACGACAAAGCGAGCUCUGAUGGAGGGACUGAAACACCAUGUUGCGCGAUUCGCCUCGAAGAAGAGCGUUGAUCCCCGAGAUGAAUCUCAAUUCACACGGCCCGUGCGACUCCACCGCCGCGACCCGCGUUCGCGAACGAACGAUCCCAAUGCAGGCAGAACUGAGAUCGAUGGUGAGCCGAUGGACGCAGCUGAACGUGAAGCUUAUGAUGCCCGAAAGGACGCCCGCGAGAAAGAGCGCGCCCAGAACCUCGCUCAAAUUGCACCGGCCCUCGGCUCGACCUCGAAACGUCCAAAUGCCCCCAAGCAGAAGACACAGCAAGUUUUCAAGUCGGACAUGACCCCCGAGGAGAUCGCAAGAGCACGGAUCAAGUACGAAGAGGCUUUGCCCUGGCACCUGGAGGAUUUCGAUAAUCAACACACUUGGGUUGGAAACUACGAGGCAGCUUUGUCUGAAACCCAUGCAGUGUUCGUCAUGGAAAACGGCAAGAUGCGAAUGAUCCCGGCUGAAAAGUGGUACAAAUUCAACGCGAAGAGUCAGUUCAAGGCUCUGACGAUCGAAGAGGCCGAGAAAUUCAUGGCCAAGAGAGUGAAAGACCCCCGAUGGUUCAUGGAAAAGCAGCAGCAAAUGGAACAAGAGAAAGAACUAGAGACAUAUGCCAAGCAGCGCAAAGUCUAUGCCGGAAAGCAAGCCGCACAGGCGGGCAAGGGCGAGGGACUUGAGGCCGGUGAGAUGGAUUUCGAAGAAGAUCGCUUCGCCGAUGACGAGGAGCAUGAUGACCUGUUCAACGAAGAUGAAGAUGCCAAAGACGCUGAAAAACGAAUUAAGGAAGACCAGCUCAAGGCUAAUGUGUUCAACCUCAAGGAUGAGAAGGAAUACGACGCAGAAGAAGUUCGAGAGAAGCGAGAGCGAGAGGCUCGACGCGUACUGGGCAAGGGUGUUCGCAAGGCACUGAAGAAGCGGGAAAGGAACUACGAUUACAGCAGUGGUUCUGAUGCUAACCCAUACUCGGAUGAGGAGAGCUCCGACGACAGCGAGACCGAACGCGCCAAAGAAGAAGAGCGAAAGAAGGCAGAGGAAGAAAAGAACCAGAAAGACUCCGCAGCCUCCAGCAAGGGCAACAACACACCAUCUGGUCGGCCCAAACAUACAGACGCUUUGAAGAAAGCCGCUGGGUCUCGGAAGAGACUUGGAUCGCCCAACGGCUCCGACGCCAGCGGCACCGACACUUCUCGAAAGAAGGUCAAGAACCUUCCUCACAUUUCAUCCCAGCCGCCAUCGCGCCCGAUCUCUCCCUCGGCGCUGCAAACUGGCAAGAAGCGUGUGCGCGCCAACAACCCCGGAGGUGCAGGAUCUGGUAGCGACGUCGACACCGGCGUCGGAUCCGGAGCAGAGAUGACUGAGAGUGGCAAGAUCAAGAAGCUGAAGCUCAACCCGCCGAUGGGUUCCCGUAGUGGUACUCCGCAAGGCUCUCGCGCCGCCAGUCCCAUGGCAGGCCGACCUGCUGGAAGUCGCGCCAGCAGCCCCGAGGACCCCACGAAACGCCAGGCACGCAUGUCCACGCCUGUCUCUGGGAACCAGACCUUCCCCACCGCUGGAGAGAUCCACGCCGCUAUCCCGGCUGCUGGUAUUCUUAGCAGCGACUUGCUGAAGAUCUUCCGUCCUCGCAUUGGUGGGUCUAAGGAGAACCACCGCCGAUUCAUUGCUAUUGUGAGGGAUGUCAGUGUUUACGGAAAGGAAGAUCGCAUGUUGCGUCCGGGGAACUGGAAGGGUAACUGA